AUGCUCUCACAUAUGAUUCCCUCCCUCACCACCCUCUUCCUUUUUGCAUGGGCAGCCUUUGGACCUGGAGUGCUCAGCGCUGCUUUUCCCGAGUUUGACUCUAGCAGAGCAAUGCAAAAGCGAGCGCCACCUACUAUUGCUGUUGGCUUUGGAAGUGAAAGCACUUUCAUGUGCUCACAAGAUCAGUUGGAUAAGAUUAAUCAAGCAAUCGAAGAGGCUAGACAAUUGGCGAGCUUCUCUGCUCGUUUUUUAGAAGAACCAGAGGCUGAAAAUUCAAGGGCAUACAACUUAUGGUUUGGGCAUUCAAAUACCGAGAGAAAAAAUUCUAUUAUGGAGAAUCAUUUCCAAAAAGUAACACAAAUUUUGCGAAGGCCAACACAGUUUUUAGGGAGUAUUGGCCCUGGUCGAGAUCCAACUAGUAUAACGUUUGCGUGCGUUAAAGCAGACUUCCCUAAAUGCAAUGAAGUGGUUGCUAUGGCGAUUGAGGAUGACCCUACAGCAAGAAACAACUGGCGUGGAAAUAUGAUAAUCCUCUGCCCUACAUUCUUCAAACUCCGGACUACGACACGGGAGAUGAUAGACAGCAUUACAGAAAGCCAGAUAGCCUAUAGCGGUGGCUUUUCUCUACUCCACGAGGUUCAGCAUUUAGGUAUCAUCGUCGGCGAAGGGAAUGUGUGUGCAGAUUAUACGUAUAAUUUUAAAGAAAUGCCCUUCUGCACACGCAGUUGCUUCCAGUUGCCAGAUGAAAAGAAGAUUCGUAACGCCCAGAAUUACGCUUUUUUCGCUGCAUGGAUCUUGUACGAGCCUACUCAGGCCAGAUGCGCGGCGGCCAACAAACGGUCUGAACUAGACAUUUUAAGAAUUAGGGGACAUUCCCACGGGAUUCCUACGACCAAUGUGACACACCCGCGACCUCCACAAGACCACGGGAUUCCUAGGACAAAUGCGACGCACGGCCAUGUUCCUUUUAGUUCUCCUCCGCCCCAUAAUUCUCCUUCUCCGCCACGAAAUAGUUCCCCAGCUUCUUCUUCACCUCCUGCACACAAUGAUAAAGGCGGCGGUGCACCUCCAGGCGAUGCUAAAAAACCUGGUGAUAAAGAACCUGGCAAAAAGGAUACUCCAACACCCACCCCAACUCCGACUCCAACCCCGACUCCCUCUCCAAAGCCAAGUCAGAGUUCCCCAGAACCCGCCCCAGAGUGCUCGUGGCCGCCGCCAUCUGAAUGGCCCGGUCCUGACUUGGUUGAUCAAGUCGGCCUUAGCCCUGAGGGCAGAAACGCCUUAUUUCACCCAGAACCCUCACAACAUCCAACUACCCCAGUACCCUUAAAUUCGCCAGCCCCUAAUUUUUCUUCCUCCUCAAUAUCGUCAAUACUUAGCCUUCUUAAGGAUACACCUACGCCUUCACCAUCACCAUUACCUUAG